AUGUCAGCUCUAGACACGUCUGAUUCAGAUGUCAAAGGAGGCGAGUACAAUACCGCGACUCAUCUCGAAGAUGUAUCCUCUAGAGUGCCAGACCAAGUCUGCGAGACUUGGUCAAAUGUCUCCGCAAGCAACCCCCAGGAAUGGCCAGAGUGGAAGAAAAAUGCCCAGAUUCUGAUGGUUGCUUUUCAUUCAAUGGUCGCAACUUUCAUGGCCGCAGGCAUUAUUCCAGCAUACGACACCAUGGCCGAGGUGUACGGGGUUACGGUGCCGCAAGCAAGCUAUCUCACUUCGAUGCAGAUCUUGCUUCUAGGGAUAUGCCCCUUAUUCUGGAAGCCUCUUACCUCGAUCUACGGCCGCUAUCAUAUCUUCAUACUAUCGGUGCUCGGGAGCAUGGUAUGCAACAUUGGUGGAGCUCGCUGCACGACCUAUGGAACUCAAAUGGCCACACGCGUCCUAACAGCGAUCUUUAUAUCGCCACCUAUGGGUAUAGGCAGUGGCAUUAUCACGGAGCUUUGUGAACCUGAAAAGCGAGCCCAGAAGCUGGGGUGGUGGACGCUGAUGCUCACCCUCGGGACGCCAGGAGGACCCUUCAUCAUGGGUUUCGUGACGAAACACAUUGGCUACCAAUGGAUGUACUGGAUCUUUGCCAUCAUGAACUUCUGGCAGCUCGUCGCCUACCUAUUCCUGGGCGAAGAAACUCUGUACAUCCCGGAGAGCAGCCACAACUCUGCAGCAUGCCCCCAUAGAUCCCACUUCUACCAGAAAUUCAUCCCUCGACGGAUGAAUACCCGACCCCUCAAGGCGCGCGAAUUCGUCGAGCCCCUCCUCUACGUGCGGCUUCCGCGCGUCCUCAUUCCCGCCUGUGCUCACGCCAUAGUCUUUUGCUACGGCAACAUCGCCCUCAUUGUCGAGAUGCCCAUUGCCUUUGGGGAGAAAUUCGGCUUUGACUCGCAGCAAAUCGGCCUGCAGUUCAUUGCUAUCAUCAUCGGCUGCCUGCUUGGCGAGCAGCUGAGCGGUCCCCUUUCCGACCGUUUCUUGCAGAUCGUCCAGAAACGCACGGGUCAUCACCGCCCAGCGGACCGUCUUUGGCUGUCCUAUGUCGGCUUCGGCACCGUCAUCGCCGGCCUUUUGGUCUGGGGGUUCCAGCUCAGCAAGGCCACGUCCUGGAACGUGACUCCAUGCGUGGGCGCGGCAAUCGCCAGUUUCGGUAACCAGGUGAUCACUACUAUCCUGAUCUCAUUUGCUAUUGAUAGCCAUCGCGAGGUGGCUACAGAUAUUGGGGUUUGCAUCAAUGUGUUUCGCCAUCUUUAUGGAUUUAUUGGUCCAUUUUAUUUCCCCGACAUGUUCGAGACAUUGGGGCUGGCUGGUGCGGCCGGGGUUAUGUGUGCAAUUGUUGGAGCAUGCGCUAUGUUGCCGAUUGUUGCUGUGCACAUUGUUGCUACGCGGUCAGACUAG